UUUUGCUUUCUUUUACGACCACAUGAAACUUGAGAAGCCACCUAAAGCUAAAUCAUUUAGUGGAGUUGGGCAGUUCCCAAGUGUCCAACAAGAAGGCCUGCUUUAGGCUGCGAUGGCCACUGUCAUUCCUGGUGAUUUGUCAGAAGUAAGAGAUACCCAGAAAGUCCCUUCAGGGAAACGUAAGCGUGGUGAAACCAAACCAAGAAAAAACUUUCCUUGCCAACUGUGUGACAAGGCCUUUAACAGUGUUGAGAAAUUAAAGGUUCACUCCUACUCUCACACAGGAGAGAGGCCCUACAAGUGCAUACAACAAGACUGCACCAAGGCCUUUGUUUCUAAGUACAAAUUACAAAGGCACAUGGCUACUCAUUCUCCUGAGAAAACCCACAAGUGUAAUUAUUGUGAGAAAAUGUUUCACCGGAAAGAUCACCUGAAGAAUCACCUCCAUACGCACGACCCCAACAAAGAGACGUUUAAGUGUGAAGAGUGUGGCAAGAACUACAACACCAAGCUCGGGUUCAAGCGUCACCUGGCCUUGCAUGCCGCGACGAGCGGCGACCUCACCUGCAAGGUCUGCCUGCAGACUUUCGAGAGCACGGGAGUGCUGCUGGAGCACCUUAAAUCGCACGCCGGCAAGUCGUCCGGCGGGGUGAAAGAGAAAAAGCACCAGUGCGAGCACUGCGAUCGCCGCUUCUACACCCGGAAGGACGUCCGGAGACACAUGGUGGUGCACACAGGAAGGAAGGACUUCCUCUGUCAGUACUGUGCACAGAGAUUCGGGCGGAAGGAUCACCUGACUCGACACAUGAAGAAGAGUCACAAUCAAGAACUUCUGAAGGUCAAAACAGAACCGGUGGACUUUCUGGAUCCAUUCACCUGCAACGUUUCUGUGCCUAUAAAAGAUGAGCUCCUGCCGGUGAUGUCCUUACCUUCCAGCGAACUGUUGUCAAAGCCAUUCACAAACACUCUGCAGUUAAACCUCUAUAACACUCCGUUUCAGUCCAUGCAGAGCUCGGGACCUGCCCACCAAAUGAUCACGACUUUACCUUUGGGAAUGACGUGCCCAAUAGAUAUGGACGCUGUCCAUCCUUCUCACCACCUUUCUUUCAAAUACCCAUUCAGUUCUACCUCAUAUGCCAUUUCUAUUCCUGAAAAAGAACAGCCACUAAAGGGGGAGAUUGAGAGUUAUCUGAUGGAGCUGCAAGGUGGCGUGCCCUCCUCAUCCCAGGAUUCCCAAGCAUCAUCAUCUAAACUAGGGUUGGAUCCUCAGGUCGGGUCCCUCGAUGAUGGUGCAGGGGACCUCUCCCUGUCAAAAAGCUCUAUUUCUAUCAGUGACCCCCUAAACACGCCCGCCUUGGAUUUUUCCCAGUUGUUUAAUUUCAUACCCCUCAAUGGCCCUCCCUAUAAUCCUAUCUCAGUGGGGAGCCUUGGAAUGAGCUAUUCCCAAGAAGAAGCUCAUUCUUCUGUGUCUCAGCUGCCCCCCCAGACACAGGAUCUUCAGGAUCCUGCAAACACUCUAGGGCUCGGCUCCCUGCACUCCCUGUCAGCAGCGUUCACCAGUAGCUUCAGCACGAGCACCACACUGCCACGUUUCCAUCAAGCUUUUCAGUAGGAGUCCAAGACGUGGACUGAUUACAGAAACCUACGUGUAGCCCUGCCUUAGAUGACCAUUUUUAUUUUAGUGCCUACUUUAAAACAGCAUAAAAACUUCUGCUUUUGUACAGUACCAAUUUUCAUUAAGCCAGUAUGAAAUAGAAACAGGCUUUAUACAUGAGCUUUGGAACCAUUUGCGUUCAGUUAUGUUUACCUGGGUAUUUUGUCCACACUCACUGCCAAUUGUCGUAUAUUAAGAUGAUUUUUCCUCUAGGAAAGCCAUUAUUAGCAGUAAAGUCUUACGAGUCCCACGUUUAAAUCGCUUUGAGAUCUUAAAAUUUUCAGUUCUGUCCAAUAACAGUGGCUCUACCUUUUGACAUUUGGCUCAUUAAAGAUUUUUGCAAUAGAAU